AUGAAUUCAAUUUGUUUUGAUGACUAUCCAGAUGAUUAAUCAGACUUAAACGAGUAUCAAACAUCCAAUCCAAUCGUUAGAAAUAGAAAUUUCGAUUAGAUAGUUCCCUAGUUCAUAGACUUAGAAGACUCUUAUAGAGACUCUGAAGAGAAUCAACAAUAUACAGAGGCUUUUGAUAAUGUCAAGUCGAUUGCGGAUGAUUCCCCUCUUAAGAAAGAAAAUCUUGAACUAAAUGAUUAGUACUUGAUGAUGGAUGAUUUAACUCCUAGCAGGGAUUAGGAUCUGUAGAUUAAGAGUAAUGAUAAGACUUACCAGAUAGAUAGAUUAGUAAGAAGCCAGAACUUUAAUGCAUUGAGAUUUUCUGACUUGGAGAGCAAAUAUACCAGCAAUGAUUAACUCAAAUUAUAAGACAAUUCUACUUUAAUUCGGUAAAAUUAAGGUAAUUAUUUGGCUUAGUCUUAGACUAAAUUACCAUCAUAAGACUAAUAGCUUCAUAAAGUUCUCGAAACUCAAAAUGAGAAUAGUACAACUACUAUAAGAUAAAGAUUUUCUUAAUUACUUUUCCGUAAGAGUGAAUUAUCAAGCAAGAAUUAAUAGCCAUUUUAAGCCUCUGACAUGCUUAGACUUUCUACUUUACCACAAGCCUAGCAAUUAAAGAAUGAUCCAGUCUUUUAAAAGUUAGUCUAGUAAUUUAAGAAUGUACCUGAACACUUUCUUGGCCAAAUUUAUAGCCUUAAAAAUAAGGACUACCAUCAGACAGUUGAUGAAUUGUUCUAAAUAAUUUCUACAAAUUCUCAAAUUUAGAUGGAAAUUGAUAAUUGUAUAAAGUCACCUCGUGAUCUUGGGAAAUAAUAAAGCUAAGUGAAAUCUCUAAAAUCUUCACUUAGAAGAAAUGAUGAGAAUCGUGAUCCUAAUAUCCAAAUUAUUAGUAAGAUAAACUAUGAUAGGCUAGAUCAAACAGAUAAACAUAAUUCCUAGUCAAUAAUUUUGGCAAAUGUCAAUGACAAGAGAGUAUCAUUUUGCGAUAUUGUUGAGGGGUAUAAGCAAACUAAAAUAUAGAAGCCCUCAAAGUCAUAGAUAUCUACUGAUUAAUUAGGCACACCUGAAUACCCACUUGAUAGUGUAGAAUUUUCCAAUACUAAAUCGAAUGAUGAUUAAUAUACCAAGCGAGACAUUAAUCUUGAAAGUAAUAGAUCUAUGAUAGAUAGUAACUAACAUGAUUUUAAAUAUGAGUAAAAAAAUAAAGGUAACACGCUAAUGGACUCAAUGAUUAUGAGGAAAGGUAAAUAAAUUAUAGAGAAGAUUAAAAACCUCCCACAUGAGAGAAUCAACUGUUUUAGAAGAUAUAUUUGA